AUGGCUUUGGCCAUUUCUGUGUCAGGAAAAGAAGCAAAAAAUGUGAAAAACAGAUUCCUUUCUGAGAGGGUGGUGGUGACGUGCGACAAAUACCCAAAUGUGUGUGACAUUAAAGGUAGCGCAGGAUCAGAUUGCUGCAUGAAAAAAUGUGUGAACUUGUCCACAGAUGGCUCCAACUGCGGAAAGUGUGGAAAGAAAUGCAGUUAUGGAAAGAUAUGCUGCCAAGGUAAGUGCGUGAAUCCUAAGAGUAACCAGAAGCAUUGUGGGAAAUGUGGCAACAAGUGCAAUGCUCAGAGUUCGUGUAUCUAUGGAAUGUGCAGCUAUGCGUAA